UUAUACAUGGAAAGAUAAACAUUGUAGUUACUUCCGGAACGAAAUGGCAUCUUUGGAUAGGGUGAAGGUGUUGGUUUUGGGAGAUUCCGGAGUAGGGAAGUCCUCUCUUGUACAUUUACUCUGCCAGAAUCAAGUUUUGGGAAAUCCGUCAUGGACUGUGGGCUGCUCAGUGGACGUCAGGGUUCAUGACUAUAGAGAAGGCACUCCAGAAGAGAAGACAUACUACAUUGAACUCUGGGAUGUUGGGGGAUCUGUUGGCAGUGCCAGCAGUGUUAAGAGCACCAGAGCUGUGUUUUACAAUUCUGUAAAUGGCAUUAUUUUAGUUCAUGAUUUGACCAAUAAGAAGUCCUCUCAGAAUCUGUACCCCUGGUCACUGGAGGCACUAAGCAAAGACUCCUCUCCCACUGGCAUCAUUGUAUCAAAUGGGGAUUAUGACAGAGAACAGUUUGCAGAGAACUCAGUUCCCCUUCUGCUAAUUGGCACCAAAUUUGAUCAGAUCCCGGAAAACAAGCGGAAUGACGUCCUGACCCGCACUGCCUUUAUAUCUGAAGACUUUAAUGCGGAAGAGAUUAAUUUGGAUUGUACAAAUCCACGAUAUCUUGCUGCUGGAUCAUCAAAUGCUGUUAAAUUGAGCCGGUUCUUUGACAAGGUAAUAGAGAAGAGAUACUUCACAAGAGACCCUAGCCAGAUGCAGAGUUUCACCGACAGGAGGCGCUUUAAUUUCAAAAGUCUGCACAAUGAUUGAAUGUGGGUAUAGAACAAGCAUAUGAAGAAUCUUCUGUCAUCAUGUUCCUUUGCACAGACCUAUCAGUUGGAGGGCUGUUUUAGAUUUAUUUAUUUUUUACAUUAACAUCAGCUUAAGAUGACAGAAGGAUUUAUGUAAAUUGUGUGAAACAUCACCUGUAUUCUGAUAUUUGCAUUUUCAUACUUAAUGGGAAAAUGCCCCUUCUCUUCCCUUGUCAUUUUGUUUACAUUUUAUACAGGUGAUUUUCAUGUGUUGAUUUUUUUUUUCUUUGUAAGUGAAAGUUAAUGUAAAAAGUUUCUCUGUUUAUAGUAUAAUUUCAGAAGAUUUAGCUUUUUUUUAAUUAAAAGAACCAGUUCUGCUUAAUCUUUCGUAUUAGUUACCAGUUAUCUGAAAGAAGAGAUUAAUAUUAUCACAGAUCUUUAUUUUUUAAAUCUUUCUAAAUUAUGAAUGAUUCACAAUUCUUUGCUAUAUUAGCAAGUUAAUGAUAAUAUUUUAUUAAUAGUUAAUAUUGUGCAUGUACAAAACUAUUUAUUUGAGACAUCA